AUGUUCUACUCUGAGGCCAUCCUCUCCAAGAAGGGCCCCUUGGCCAAGGUCUGGCUUGCCGCCCAUUGGGAACGCAAGCUGUCCAAGAAUCAGUUCCUGCAGACCAACCUCAACAACUCUGUUGACGCCAUUAUGGGUGCAGACCAAGCCCCCAUGGCCCUCCGUCUCUCCGGUCAGCUCUUGCUCGGUGUCGCCAGGAUCUACUCUCGCAAGACCAAAUAUCUGUUGGAGGACUGUAACGAGGCUCUCGUCAAGAUCAAGGUCGCCUUCAGGUCCGAUGCCAACAGCAAGGGCGACAACAACCUUUUGAUGCUCGACGGAGAUAUGGGCGACCUCCCAGGCAACCGCUCUAGGACCGUCUUCAACGCCAUCACUGUUCCUGACGCCAUGACCGAGUUUGACCUUUUGAUGCCUGCUCAGACAAUCGACAUUGACGCCUGGGGCCUCAACCCCAAACUCAACCACACAGCUCGUGCACAGGAUAACAAUCUGAUAGAGGACGGCAACGAGGAUGACCUCUUUGCGGCUGAUGGAACCAACUAUGGUCUGGAUAGCGGACGUCGUCAUCCUGGAUUGGACAUUGAGGUCGGCAGGAACUCGAUGAAUCGCAUUGGAGGAGGAGGAUACAGCACAAUGGACUUUGAUUUGGGAGGGGACGAUGAUGCGCUUGAUCUGGACAUGUUUGGAGACGAGGUUGACUUUGAUUUCAUGAAGCGCCCUCACCGCCGGGAUGAUUUGGAUAUUGAGGUUGGUCGUCGUGAAGCUACGCGUCGCUCAGUCAGUGUGGAUCCUUUUGCUAUGAUGGCGGAGGGAGGCAAGGACACUAUGCGUCUCGGAUCGGUGGAGCGCGCUGGAAGUAUCGCACGGUCCGUGGAGGAACAACCUGUUUUCCAGGAUGGAAUUGCUCCUCAGGGCAGGGAGCGCCAGCUUUCUGACUUUGGUGACGCAUUUGAUGCCGAGGGAGCACCUGCAGGAGGAGCUCAGGAUAGACAGCCCACGAUCAAGAAGCGCAAGUUGAUGGUCGAUCACGAGACUGAGGUUGCUCAGGAUAUGUUGCUUGGAGCCAACGGAGAUCUCGUUGCAGAAGGUCUCUUGAUGGACCACGAGAUGCUGCCUCGCUCGCGCAAGAUGCUGAGACUUCAACAGAUUGAGCAGGAUAUGGCGCACGGUGGAUUGGCAGGAUACUUGCUCGACUGCUCUGCUGGACCCCGCGUCAUGGGAGGAUCGAUGGUGCCCGAGUUGGCAAGCAUGUUCUCUCGCCGUCUUCAAAUUGACCAGCCAGCACGUGCUGCCGAGGCGGCUCAUUGGCAGGACGAUAAUGUUGGCGCGUGGGUGGAUGAGAUUCGGCCCAACGAACCCGAGUUCGGAAUUCAUCACAUGACACCUCCACCAGUACCAGCAGGAGAUUUGUUCGAAGGUUUCCAGUUGGACUCUCCUCAGAAGGAUACCACCAAUGCUCACGCCGACGAGAACGACGAUACUGAGAACUUUGAAACCACUCUGACUGCAGCUGCCAAGGGCAAGGGCAGGAGCACCUUGUUCCAGGAUCAAGAUGAGAGCAGCGAACCCUCUGUCAGCACCAAGGAGCUUCACGGAACUGUUUUUUCGACCUCUGCUAUCCAGACCAUGUGUCUUGUCCAGCAAGGGAUCGAGUCCAAGAAGGAUGGUACUCAGGUUGAGGGCCCCCAGCGCGCCACCCGCACCUCCAGCAUGGCCGCUGCCAGCUCUACGGCUAACAAAGAUAACAACACUCGUGUCAAGUUUUCUGAGCUCUUGGCAGGAUCCACUCAGCAGAGGCGGACUCGCACGGAUGCAGCCAAGCUUUUCUUUGAGCUGUUGGUAUUGUCGACUAAGGAUGUUAUCAAGGUUGAGCAGGAUGAGAGCUUUGGAGACAUUGCAGUCGGAGGCAGUCCGUUGUUGGAUACGUUGGUUGAAGCCGACGCCACCGCUUAA